UCAAUCUGUGUGGAUUAUAAUACAAUUUGUCAUUGGCUUGAUAUUUAUAGGACGAUAUCGAUAUUUCUCUCCUUCAGUGUGUACUUUAGGUAAUAUACAUUUGGUAUCCUGAACACUAUUCAGUUAAAAAAUGAUAUAAAAGUGAUGACUUUGGUAUUAGAUGCCAGUGUUUUUGUUUGUGGGAGUCACUUGAUUAAGGAUCAGCUGUCAUGGGUUUUACAGUUUGGUUUUUGUUACUGUGUCAGUUAUUGAGUUAUUAAAGAUCAGCUGUCAUCGGAUUUUACAAUUUUGUUUUUGUUACUACGUCAGUUAUUGGAUUGCAUUUGGUAAUAAUUUGUUACUACGUCAGAUAGUGAUAAGCAUGCUUUUGUUUUCCUGAAAUAUAUGCACAUGUAUCAGAUUUUUGUCUCCAUGAAUGCAACAUUCAUCUCUCGAUUCUUUUUAUGUGGCCUAUAAUUUUGGUAAUAAUUAAUAUGAUAAAAAGCUGACAUGAUCUUUAUGUUCAGAAGAUGUUACAAGGGGAGAAGACUGAAUUGGACUUGUAUAGAAAUGGUGGGAACAACUAUGAUGUGACCCUCGAUGGUUGUAAUAAAUUCGAGGGACUUAACGGUUAUUAAAAGGACUAUGAGCUUUUCUUUAAGUCUUGCAAUGAAAACACUGAAAGAAGUAUUGAGAUUGACUUAACUAUACAAUCGGCCGUUUGAUUAUCUUAAAUGCCCCAUACUGCUGUCAGAUGCCAAUUUGUUUUUUAACAUGGUAGUAUUUGAUUCUUUCUUUUGUAUUUUAACAUGGUAGUGUUUGCUUCUUUCUCUGCUUACACACCCAUCAUUUGCUAAUUCCAUGACAUGGAUACUUUAAUGGUAUUUAUUCCUUGUGGCUUGAACUAAUCUUAAUUAUUACAAAUUGUAUGGUAGGAGGCUUUAAGCUUCUUGGAGCUAUGAGACAUUUAGAUGUUAAAGUUCUGGUUGUGGCUCUAUAUCUUGUUUGAGAAAGGGCAGUCUCUUGGAUAAGGCAUAUAUAUUUAUUUAUAAUUGCUCUAGUUACAGAGUACAUAUUCCUGAUUGCUAGUGGGUAAUGACAACAUAAACCUAACUCACUUCUUAAACUUAAGACUGCAAAUCAGAAGCUGUUUGAAGCUUAAAAAUGUUGUGGUUGCUGAUCAGUUAUUAACUUUUGAGUUAUUUAAGAAGCAAUCAUUGUCAAUCUUAGAGACUCUGUGGUUAUUUGAUAUUUUAUUAUGCUAGUAUUUUCUAAAGUCUUUAUCAUGGAGAGGUGUUAUUUUCAGUUGGUCUGUCUCGGAUGAAAUGACUCAACCUUGCUGCUAAGACAAACCUGGCUGUGCUUUAGGUGCCUGCAUCUUUGCUUUUAUCUUGAAACUAGAUCUGAAUAUGGUUGAUGGUGGACAUAGGCAACAUAAGAGGCACAAACCAGCUCAGUUCAGGUCAAUUUGCAAUAAGCAGAUAAUGCCUCAAAAUCAAAUGAAGGAUCAUCCUGCUUUGAAGAUCAUUGCCUUGAUAGCUGAGCGGGAUAGUGCUGUUCAAGAACGUGAGCUGGCCAUCUCUGAAAAGACAGCUGCUUUGGCUGAGCUUGAUAUGGCUCUGAAGGAACGUGAUGCUGCAUUUGCUAAGAGGGAUAAUGCCAUUAUGGAGCGUGACAAUGCAAUUGCUGCCCUUCGCUAUGCCCGUGAGAAGAGCUAUAAUGGUUAUAAUGAACAGGGAUGUUGUUCUUGGUGCACUCCUCCCCUAUGGACAAGUCAUAGCCAUCAAGACGCACAUCUCGAUGUUCAUGAAUCACCACGCCAAUUGGCAGAUGCUCCAUAUGAUCACAUACGACAGAUGCACAUAACUGAGGCAUAUCCAAUCUCAAUGGUUGCUGAUUACAGUGAAAAGGAAAUGAAGGCUAAGAAGAUCACUACCAGCACCCAAGCCACUCCACACAAGAUGUCAUCAAAAUCACCGAGAAAAAGCAAGAAGGGUCGUGGUGAUGAUUCGAACAUGCUGGUCUCACAUGCAAAGAAACAUGGCAAGCUGAAGGGUCAGGAGAUCGUCAGAGGUAAAAAAGAUUUGAAUGAGGUCCCUACGAUGACAGAUACAUGGAGAAACUGUAAUCUGUGCUUUGAUGAGUUCUCUGCUAAUGAAUUGAGUGUGCCAGCGCCAGUGUGCUCCUGCACUGGGAAGUUACGGCAGUGCUAUAGGUGGGGGGAUUUUGGAUGGCAGUCUUCUUGCUGCACUUCGUCACUGUCCAUGUACCCACUUCCUGUCAUGCCCAACAAGCGCCAUGCUCGGAUGGGAGGAAGGAAGAUGAGUGGCAGUGCUUUUAGGAAGUUGCUCAGAUGCCUGGCAGCUGACGGCUAUGAUUUGUCAAUGGCAGUGGAUCUCAAGAACCACUGGGCUAAGCAUGGCACAAAUCGAUACAUCACCAUCAGGUGAUCGAAGAACUCAUGCAAGUACCGUUAUGUACAGCCUUUGAAGAACCAGCUUCAUGGUUGAGAGCAUGCUUUACUAGAGAGGAAAGACCAACUCUUGUUUUGGUAGUUGGUUUGGUGAUACUGUUUGCUCUUUCUAUGUUCUUUACUUCUCAUGUUAUCAAUGUUUUGUUGCUGCCCUGGGAAAAGUUUUGGAAUCUGAUUCCCGAAGGUGUGAGAAAUUUAUCUGAUCUUGAAUCGGUGGAAAUGCGAUUGUUGCUCUUUAAAUGAAUCAAUUUGGUUCCUGUUUGGGCUUGACGAAA